AUGAAUAGCCGAACUGAUGAAAAGCAACGUCAGGCUCAUGAAUCCCCCGUCAUCUUUUAUUCGUUGGUUCUAGGUUUUGUCGGUCCCACAAUGGUUCUCACCGUCCCUCCUAUCCGGAAAUCUUUCGGUUGGAAACCGGCAGAACGUAUACCAACCACUUAUCCUUUGCCUAACCGACCUAGACGUUCUGUGGAAGGCUACGAAGAUCCAUGA